GUCUGCCCAUGGCAGAGCUAUGGCCGCAAUGGCCUUUCGGGUCCGGGCACGCAGCUUUGCUUCAGCAGAACUGCAGAUGAUCACUGACCAGAAGCUGAAGGAGUUGUCCAAAGAUGCUGCGCCGCUGCUGUUGCAUUGCGGCGCCGCCUGGAGCCAGCGCAGCCAGCGCGUGGGCAGUGCCCUGGCGGAGUGGGCUGCUGGGUCCAAGCUGCUGUGCCAUCAGCUGGAUGUGGACACUGCGCCGGAGACCAUCCGGACGCGUCACAUCAAGGGCGUGCCCACGCUGCUGCUCCUGCGGCAGGGCCGUGUGGAGGCCCGCGCGGAUGCCGCGGAUCUGCAGGAUCUGGAGAGAAUGCUGGCGGCUGCAAAGCCCUACUUGAACCCUCAGGAGGCAGAGCCCAAAGAGGCCCUGCCGGCGGCGGAGUAUUUGCUCGAAAGCAAUGGUGCGGCGGCUUCAGCACUGUUCCGGCGAGCCUUGGAAGAUCCCCGGGGAGACAACGCCUUCCGCGCGCGCUUGGGCCUGGUUCGCUGCGCCCUGAAGGACCUUGUGGCUACGACGCCGGGCCUUGCCCCGAGCGCAGAGGCGCAGCCUGAGAAUGUGCCCGAGUCUGUACCGCCAGAGCCGAAAGUGGAUGAGUUGGUAAAUGCCCUGGAAGACCUGGAACGGCAUCAUGAGGAGGAGCUUCCGGUGACGGAGGUGCGUCCCGACGCGAAGCACGUCUACAUAUUGCUGGCACAUGCCGAGUUGGUGGCAGAUGCCUGGGCCGUGGACGAAGCCAAGAACAUGUCGGAGGAGGAGAGGCGAAUUCUGCGUCUCUGGGCUCGGGGCUACAGGGAGGCUGCAGUCCAAGAGGCGUUGAAGUGGUACCAGACUGUGGCAGGUAAUGACAUGGAAGGCCUCAUGGCUGCCUACGCCCAGACGGAACGCCGUGCAGUUGACCGGCGUGGAGACGUUCCUAGCAGGAGCAUUUUUUCAACGCCAGUACUUGCGCCAGACUUUGAGGGCCCCGUGGAGCCGCGGGCGCUGCUGCGGCGGCUCCUGACGGCAGCCUUGGACGAGAAGUUCUUUAAGGGAGAACCCAGCUUGGUAUCACAAGCUCUGGCGGACUUGGCCUUCCUCCUGGAUCGGAAAGAGUUCGUCCGCUUCUACACCCGCCUCAUCCGGAGCCGCCGCGGCGGCGCACCGACCACGGGCCGCGGCACUGGGAAGCGCAGCGGGUUUUCGAAGCGCUACUGGAUUUGCUGGCCAAACACCUUCUACCCCAACACCAAGAAGAUGGGCUCGCCACACUGCGACAAGAACGACUGACCAACUUGUGCGCUCGCUGAGUCUGGGAGCUGCCUGUUACGUUUGUUUGUUUUCUUGGUUGGC